AUGCCACCUCCCCCGUCGCAAGAGCUGGCCAAGCGACCUGCUGGCCAGCUCAUGCCCCCUCCGCCCCCACCAAAGCGAAUCAAACGACCCGCAACGGUUCUGGAGGAAGAUGCCUACACUAGCAGCGUGUCCCACAUCAUCGCCCGCGACUUUUUCCCCGGAUUACUCGAAACACAUGCCAAGCAGGAAUAUCUGGAUGCUAUAGACUCCAAAGACAAAGAAUGGAUCUCAAGCUCCAAGAAGAAGCUGGCAGAUGUCAUGCGUACCCCUACGCCAGGGUCAAACGCCCGGCGAAAGAGAGACACGACACCCGCAACUCAUUUCGGACGACCCCAAGACACCCCUCACGCUACCCCUCAUGGAUGGGGAGGCGAUACACCGAUGUCAGUGGCAUCACAUACGAGCACAGUGACAGAAACACCAACACCACCUGCACCUGAUGUGUCGAAUAUGGGUCUCCUCGGCUUCCAUUCAAAGUACACAAGUGACGACAACGAAUCCUUCUAUAAAGUUGUGGACAAACAAAACGAGAAAAAACGAGAAAAAUACCCCUGGCUCUGGAAUGAUAACAAGAUCCCCUCUGCCCGCCAAAUCGCACACAGUCAACAAGAAACAAAGCGCAUCACAGCCGCAGGCGGCAAUCCGGAGAUGAGCGUGGUCCCAAUCAAGACGGACCUCAACGCCCGUCCAGCAAGGCCAGACGCCUGGAAAUCUCGUCCGGAUAAUACCCUCAUGUUCCUCCCAUCUUCGGUGGAAGAUACCCAUGAAACCCUCAGCCAAAAAGCAGAACGCACCUCUCGCGCCGCCCCAAAGCAAACCCUCUACCACAACACAAGGCUCCCAGACCCAGAAGCCACAGCGGCAGCCAAUGCCAUCCCUCCAUCACCUUCAAUAUCAGCUAUCCAAGACGCAAUCGCCGGCCGACCACGCCUCGAAGAAUCAGAGGUAUACACAGGCAGCGAGACGCCGCGUGUGAACGGCUACGCAUUCGUCGAAGAAGACGAGCCCGAGCCCGAGCCCACUAAAGACGACGAGAUAGACUGGCGUCUCCUUGGCUCUGGCUCUGCAGAGCGAAAUCCCUUCCAGCUGGCUGAGACGGGCAAGCGCGAAGCACUGCACCACCGGAUGGUCGAUCGCGUAGCGAGGAAUAAGCGCGCUGAAAAAGCCGCUCAUAGCCAGACGCCUGUGGCUACACCUUUUAGACAUAGAGGCGCUACGCCUGGGAAGAUGCUUACGCCUGCAGCGCAGAAGUUAUUGCAUAGGGUUGGCACGCCCAGGGCGAAACCGAGGGUGGAUUGGUCGCCUAGGAAAUAA